AUGGCGCUUCUCAAAGUAGCGCAAUCUGCUAUAGCAGUGCGUAAGUUCGUUCAUCAGAAAGAUAUGUCAGAACAUUGCCGACGCCGAGUGGUACCCUCGGUGUUUCUAGGAAAACACGUUGUUGAUGCGAACUCACAAAUCUUGCAUUUCUCCAGACUACAGCUUCCAUACAGCUGCUCUAUAAGCGUUCGGACCGAAUUUGGAAACAAUAUUAUUUUAGUGAUUCAGUUACUAUCAGACCAUAGUUUAACUCGUUCAUGUGGACCUGAUCAUAGCCAAUUGCUCAUUUACGAACUUGGCGAAACCUUCGGCGGAUACUGGGGUGGUCUACCGGAUGUCAUGAUGAACAUGGAAUCCCAAAACCACACUAAGUUUUAUACAUUGAAAACCACUCCUACAACAGUUGAGACAAGCCCGCCUAAAUUAGAAGAGGAAGAGGAAGAGGAAGUAAAGAAGGACGCGUCAUCCCACAUCCCAUUAUCUAGUCCAGAUUUAAAAGAAACAGAAGAAGAUUUUAUAAGAAUAGAGGUUCCUUUGUUGAACGUCUCUGGCGAUUUGGGAGUUAACGAGAUCUCUCAAAACAAAAUGGACGUGGAUGAAUUUUUAGAUUUAGUUUAUGAUGUUACUCCCAGAAGUGAUGGUAACUAUGACACCAGUAUUUUACCAUUGGUUCGGUUUUCUGUUAGAAAACAGACUGAACGCGAGGAUUAUGGACCUCCCUUCAAGUCUAAAUAUGAACUUGACUAUGAUUUGGGAUAUACCCCAGACUCCAGGCUUGUUAAGACGACGUUAAAACCACGUCCUUACUUCAAUAUAAAAGAACCUACCACGAAAUUAAUACCGACUAUAAACGAAAAUAUUUUAUCAAAUAUCUAUAACAACACCUUGCAGAAUAAUAAGAGUUCAUGGGAUGUAAUUGUCGACCUUUUUAAAUCAUUGAAUACUUCACUCAAACCGUACAUCGAAGAAAUUACGAAAGAUGUUACCGUUGCUAAACAAAACACACAAAGAACGAAGAAUAUACCUUUGGACGGUUCCAAAUCAAGUUCUAUACAACAUCAAGUCGAAGCAGUGACGAUAAAAAGUGCAUUUUUGAAAAAUAUCUCAACUACCAUGCUAGGCCAUGAUUCAAAAGACACAGACAACAAUAUAACGUCUUUUGGGAAAGACCAGGCCCUGCAAGGUGUAACUGAAGACGAAGUGAAAGUUUUCUUUACAAGAAAUGAUGAUGUUGAUCGUGAAACUGGUUCUUUAGUUAAUCAUAAGUCGUUUGAGAAUAUAGUGCAGACUGCUCCCAUAAUUUCAGUAUUGUUGAACAGAACGAAUGCAUCUGAACCGUACAAUAGUUCUUCCCCACGUAAAAAACGUUACAUAAAAGCGUUGGAAAUAGAAAAUGCACGACCAAGAGUGCUCACAACUAGGAAGUCUAUGAGGAGAACAACGGAGAAAGUGUACCGAUAUUCAGAUAUGCAGGACCUGGCGCAGUUGGUGGAAUUGCAGGAUGACGAGAUGCAAGGGCGUGUAGCACUCCGAUAUUUGAGGAAAUAUGUGGGUUCACCACUCUUCAAUAUCUGCGACUAUCAAGAGCCGAAAGCUCGGCAAGUGUAUUUGUUCAAUUCUUCACGAAUUGUUAUAGCUGUCAGCAAUUUUACGAUGGAACGGAUGACACUGGUGGUGACACCAGCUCGUACGCUCCUCAAUAGCGUGGGCAGAUGCCCUCCAGCCCACCUUGAGUGUCAAGUAGCCGGCACUAGAGUCUGCAUUGACUCCACAAACCAGUGCGAUGGGGUACCUAAUUGUGGCGCUUACGAUAUUUACGACGAAGAUCGCUUAAGAUGCGGCUGGUCUUUAGGACUGCAACACAACGUCUGCCUGGCUGCCUGCACGUUCUUGGCGGUGAUUUCGACCAUUUUGUACACAGUGCACUACUGGCUCAAACGUUGCGUGCCCAGGGUCUCGGAGGCGUUCUUCAUAUACGCAGAUGCAUCUGAAAAUAUGUAUUGUAUUAUAUCUUGA